AUGGCGCAUGACCACGGGGAGCAUCCACCAAACGAUGAUAUCCGUAGUGCUGUGAAAAAGGCGAAUGAGUCCAGGAUACCAUUGGUUAUCUGUGCUGACGCUAACUCGCACCACAUUGUAUGGGGUAGCAGCGACACCAACACAAGAGGUGAGAGUCUUUUCAGUUUCAUACUUAAUAGUAGUUUGGAAGUAGUUAAUAGAGGUUCAGAACCUACCUUCAUUGUUUCAAACAGAAGUGAGGUACUAGACUUAACACUUGUGAGUGCUGAGCACCACAGUAUGAUUAACAAUUGGGCUGUCUCCGACGACUGCUCUUUUUCUGAUCAUCUAUAUAUUGAUUUCAAUAUCAGUGUAACUUAUAGGAAUGAUAAUACCAUUCUAAAUAGGAGGAAGACCAAUUGGGAGUUGCAGAGUGAUGUACUCUCCCGGUCUCUACCAAACCCGCCCACUAUUGAAAAUAGGGACGAUAUUGAGGUAGCAGUUGAGGCACUUACAGAAGCGUUCCAAUCAGCUACUAAUUUGGCCUGUAAGCCGAAUAUCUGCAGGGGUAGGAAUAAGCCACCCUGGUGGAACCCUGAGAUUGCACACGCAAGAAGGGCGUGUCGUAAAUUGUUCAACGAGGCAAAGAGGCUGGGUAACUGGCCGGAAUAUAAGUCCUCAGUGAACCACUUUAAGAACCUUACGAGGAAUGCGAAAAGGAAAGCCUGGAGGGACUUCUGUAGCGGCGUGGAAGGAUCCUCUGAGACUAACCGAUUAAGUAAAAUUCUAUCAACUUCACCGGUUGUACCAAGCUAUAUCCAGAAACCCUGUGGUAGAUGGACUCUGAAUAGUAAGGAAACACUUGAGGUCCUAUUAGAUACUCAUUUUCCAGGUUGCCUUCCAGUCGAUGAUGUGACUAUGAAUGGGGCUGCCGAUUCUGUUGCUCCGGAUUUAGUCGCAUCUUCUGUUCAGCAAAAGGAAGAUUUACGAGUUCGAUCUCUAGCUUCAUACAACGUGUUUCAGGUUGAAAGAGGACUUGAUUACAUCUCUCGUGAACGAUUAGAAGUCAAGGAAAUGAAAAGCGGCGAUUUGCUUAUAAAGGUGCCCAACAACAAAAUUGCUGAAAAAUUUCUUAAAGCUCAUUUUAUAGACAUUAUUCCUGUUAAGAUUACUAAACACAAGACAUUGAAUACCAUUCAAGGACGUAUAUUCUCUAGGAAAAUUGUGACUAUUUCACAAGAGGAACUACUAGAAUCUCUAAGAAAUCAUAAGGUUGUAGAUAAUAAUAAUAAUAAUAAUAAUAAUAAUAAUAAUAAUAAUAAUAAUAAUAAUAAUAAUAAUAAUAAUAAUAAUAAUAAUAAUAAUAAUAAUAAUAAUAAUAAUAAUAAUAAUAAUAAUAAUAAUAAUAAUAAUAAUAAUAAUAAUAAUAAUAAUAAUAAUAAUAAUAAUAAUAAUAAUAAUAAUAAUAAUAAUAAUAAUAAUAAUAAUAAUAAUAAUAAUAAUAAUAAUAAUAAUAAUAAUAAUAAUAAUAAUAAUAAUAAUAAUAAUAAUAAUAAUAAUAAUAAUAAUAAUAAUAAUAAUAAUAAUAAUAAUAAUAAUAAUAAUAAUAAUAAUAAUAAUAAUAAUAAUAAUAAUAAUAAUAAUAAUAAUAAUAAUAAUAAUAAUAAUAAUAAUAAUAAUAAUAAUAAUAAUAAUAAUAAUAAUAAUAAUAAUAAUAAUAAUAAUAAUAAUAAUAAUAAUAAUAAUAAUAAUAAUAAUAAUAAUAAUAAUAAUAAUAAUAAUAAUAAUAAUAAUAAUAAUAAUAAUAAUAAUAAUAAUAAUAAUAAUAAUAAUAAUAAUAAUAAUAAUAAUAAUAAUAAUAAUAAUAAUAAUAAUAAUAAUAAUAAUAAUAAUAAUAAUAAUAAUAAUAAUAAUAAUAAUAAUAAUAAUAAUAAUAAUAAUAAUAAUAAUAAUAAUAAUAAUAAUAAUAAUAAUAAUAAUAAUAAUAAUAAUAAUAAUAAUAAUAAUAAUAAUAAUAAUAAUAAUAAUAAUAAUAAUAAUAAUAAUAAUAAUAAUAAUAAUAAUAAUAAUAAUAAUAAUAAUAAUAAUAAUAAUAAUAAUAAUAAUAAUAAUAAUAAUAAUAAUAAUAAUAAUAAUAAUAAUAAUAAUAAUAAUAAUAAUAAUAAUAAUAAUAAUAAUAAUAAUAAUAAUAAUAAUAAUAAUAAUAAUAAUAAUAAUAAUAAUAAUAAUAAUAAUAAUAAUAAUAAUAAUAAUAAUAAUAAUAAUAAUAAUAAUAAUAAUAAUAAUAAUAAUAAUAAUAAUAAUAAUAAUAAUAAUAAUAAUAAUAAUAAUAAUAAUAAUAAUAAUAAUAAUAAUAAUAAUAAUAAUAAUAAUAAUAAUAAUAAUAAUAAUAAUAAUAAUAAUAAUAAUAAUAAUAAUAAUAAUAAUAAUAAUAAUAAUAAUAAUAAUAAUAAUAAUAAUAAUAAUAAUAAUAAUAAUAAUAAUAAUAAUAAUAAUAAUAAUAAUAAUAAUAAUAAUAAUAAUAAUAAUAAUAAUAAUAAUAAUAAUAAUAAUAAUAAUAAUAAUAAUAAUAAUAAUAAUAAUAAUAAUAAUAAUAAUAAUAAUAAUAAUAAUAAUAAUAAUAAUAAUAAUAAUAAUAAUAAUAAUAAUAAUAAUAAUAAUAAUAAUAAUAAUAAUAAUAAUAAUAAUAAUAAUAAUAAUAAUAAUAAUAAUAAUAAUAAUAAUAAUAAUAAUAAUAAUAAUAAUAAUAAUAAUAAUAAUAAUAAUAAUAAUAAUAAUAAUAAUAAUAAUAAUAAUAAUAAUAAUAAUAAUAAUAAUAAUAAUAAUAAUAAUAAUAAUAAUAAUAAUAAUAAUAAUAAUAAUAAUAAUAAUAAUAAUAAUAAUAAUAAUAAUAAUAAUAAUAAUAAUAAUAAUAAUAAUAAUAAUAAUAAUAAUAAUAAUAAUAAUAAUAAUAAUAAUAAUAAUAAUAAUAAUAAUAAUAAUAAUAAUAAUAAUAAUAAUAAUAAUAAUAAUAAUAAUAAUAAUAAUAAUAAUAAUAAUAAUAAUAAUAAUAAUAAUAAUAAUAAUAAUAAUAAUAAUAAUAAUAAUAAUAAUAAUAAUAAUAAUAAU